UUUUUUUAGCUCCACAGGUCAGGCUUUUUGAGAGGCAGGGCGCUGGUUUCACGCUCCUCACAUGUCAUGUGACUGGGUUUUACCCCAGAGCAGUGCAGGUGAAGUGGAUUGGGGCAGAUUUACAGCUGCUGGAGGACGAGAUGAAUCAUGUGCUGCCUAAUGGUGACGGCACGUUUCAGACCAGAAGCAGUGUGAUCAGACCUGAGGAGAACACAGGAGAUCAGCGCUACAGCUGUGUAGUGCAUCACAGCAGCCUAGAGGGGAAUAUUACAGUCACCUGGGGUAAAGAAGAGACACGCUUCACGCUUUAUGUUUGGAUUACACUAGGCUGCAUUUUCAUCGUCACUGUAGUCGGGCUUGUAAUCCGAUGCAUCUUAAAAAGUAAAGAUGCUGGGAUUUGAAGUUACCUCUCAUGUGAAGAUGUAUUCAGUUUCUCAGUUUCAGUCAUUCAGAACAUUCUUGUUUGACAUCAUUACAGUUUAAACGUCCUUCUUCUACCUCCGAUACCUCAGGCUCAGUCAGAGCACAGUGUUAUCAGACCUGCAUGUUCUCGCAGAAUCAGUUGAUUAUAUAGUUUUGAUUCGUCACCUUUUUGACCUCAGAGUUCCUCACAGAACCGAGUACACAGUUAUACGCAAUGUUGCACGCCACAUUUAAAAAUGAUCAAAGCUGCUAAUGCUGAACAUGUAACUCACACUAACAUCAGGUCUGGAGUUUGUGAUGCAGAUGAUGCACAAUGUAAGUAGAACUACAAAAAUCAGUACUCCGUUUUAUUUCUUAUCAUCACUCAUACCCAUUUCAAUAAAAAGCUUUUGAUUAUAAACAACAUCUGUGGUAAUGUCAUAUUUAAUCAAUGAUUCAAACUCUUUAGCUACAUCCUCGUUCUGUCGUUCUCUUCAUAUGGAUGAUAUUUUAGGGCCAUUAAGAAUGUAUUGCGUUAACGUAUUUGUAUUUUCCACUUGUUCUCAAUGUGUUUCUAUUCUACACGUCUUCAAUAAACUAAAUAAAGCCUUAUCUCACUCACA